AUGUUCACUGAUCCGAACAUGUUGCUUAUACCGCUCGACUCGGUCGGCCCACCCAUGAAGGGGAGUGGCGAUGCGCGAGUGCACGCAGGUUUCGGCGUCGCGUUCGGUUCUGUGAGCGACCUCGUGCUCAAUACCAUGGUCGAGCAGUUACGACAGUACCCAUCCUAUUCGGUGGUCCUAACCGGUCAUUCGAUGGGUGGCGCCCUGGCCGCCAUCGGCGGAACUUUGUUGAAGGUCAACGCCACGGAAACGGCCAUACGCGUGUUCACAUUUGUCCAACCACGUACCGGUAAUACUAACUUCGUCGAUCUACUUGACGAACUCAUUGGGAGUGAUAAUAUAUUUCGAGCUGUGCAUACAUGGGAUGGCGUCCCCACUAUCAAGCCCUUAGGUUAUCGCCACCAGCGAGCGCUCCCGGCUGUCCGUAUGAUACAAGUAUUGACAAGAUCCGAAGUUCUACUGAGUACUGGCACUUCCAAGAACCUCCUAGCCGUAAGAACGUGCGUCAAUGCACCGGUCAGGAGGAUCCAAGAUGUAGCGCGGCCAUCUCUUCUACAGGCAUCAAUCUCGCACACGACGUGUACUUCGGACAAGACGCCACUCUCUGCCCGUGAAUGA